AUGGAAAAUGACUUUCCUUUGCCUCAGCAGCAACCUUCUUCAAAACAGUUGGAUAGUUCACAGAAAUUGAUGAUCACUGACAGUAACAGCAGCAGCGGCAACAGCAGCAGUAGUAGUAGCAGUAGCAUUAGUAAUGAUACUAAACCUGUCAAAAGACGAAUUCGAAUGGCUUUAUCAUGUCAAAGAUGUCGAAGACAUCGCUCAAAAUGUUCUCGACAGCGACCAAUGUGUGAGCAAUGUCUUUUGGCAGGCGUUGAAUGUGUAUAUUUGGAUUUGCCCGGUGAUUUGGAAAGUACAGCCUUACGAGAUCGGUUUCAGGGCUUGGAAGAACAAAUCCACUCUUUGACAAAUCAAUUUAAGCAACUAGAAGACUUGGUGCAAAGUAUACCUCAGCAGAAGGAAGCAUCUACGAAUACGUGUAGAACGCUACCAACGAAUACCCUAACGAAUACCAUGAAUAUAUCAGCUACUAUCUUUAAUGACACUGAUAUUCAAAUUGGCUCCUUAUCCAAAUGGAGAAUAUACCCUUCCACCAUUUAUAAUGGUCUAACCAUUGACACAAACAUAUUUCGCAUCACUGAUAUUUAUUCAACUCUGAUACAAUUUGCAAAAGACAAUUCCUCACAACAACAACAACAGCAGCAGCAGCAGCAACCACAGCCAAGUUUGCUGGACAAGGGCGAUGCUGGUGGCAGCAAACCUGUUUGGCUUAUCAGGAACAAAUCUCUCUUCCCGAACGUUAAAUUUAGUCAUUUCACUAGCCUACGACCUAUUCUUUAUGAAGAUGAUGAGGAAUAUCUGCUGGAGAAAGACAUUGUGACGACAACAACGACAUUUUAUGAUAAUAUCGAUGAUACGACAGCCACCGCCACCAAUAUUAAUACGUUGAAUAAUAUGCUGUCCAUCACGUUGAUACAGAAAAUCUUUACCUUGUACAAAGAUUGUCUGCUUUACGGAGCCCUGCAGCCGUUCGAUAUCUUAUUUAAGGAACUCUUCCUUGUCAAUGAUAUCAGCACUCUUUCACCCCAGUUACAGUUACUCUACGCAUCGAUUAUCGCACAUAUGUUGCCGCACACUUUUUACUGGCAUCCGGAAAUUUUCCAGGAAUCGACGACGUCGUCGUCUCUACCGUUGUCUUUAUUCAAUGAAGAAACCUGCAUUCAUCUGUCUCUACAGUAUUACAAAUUCGCCAAAAGACUGCUCUCCUCUAUCUAUUUCGACACGCCAAGCUUGAUUACGUGCCACGCCAUAUGCAAUUUGGUCCUGUACCAUAUGGAGAAUGGAAACACGUCCGUCAUCUAUAUCUAUUCUGGCAUGGCCGUACGCAUGGCGCUGUCUCUCCAGCUUUACCGAGAAGAUAGUUUGGACUCGAUCGUAAAGAAAGAGUGCGAGCUAUUUCCCGUAGACUACAAGCCUGCCAAAAACUGGGUGACGGUGAAACAGUAUGCGCGGUCACUUUUGUGGUUCAUGUAUUUCUUGGAUACGGCCUCUUCUCAUUACCAUAAUAAGCCUUACGAAAUCCAUUUAGAUGAUCAUGUCAGUACGACGACUCUGUUCACCACGACGCCAGCGACAGCCGCGAUGCGAUCGGAUCAGCAGCAGCAGCAGCAACAGCAACAGCAACAGCAACAGCAACAGCAACAGCAACAACCAUACGAAGAUGACGAACAGCAUCAGGCUUCCUUUCAAUAUAUCGAAUUCAUAACGUGUCAGAUCACAAGAGAAAUCAGGCGUGCAUUAUUUACUACAGAAUCAUUGCAGACACCUUAUAAAGAAAUUGAGUUGAUUGAACAGCGAUUACUGGAAUUUCAAAAACAACUGCCCACAAUGGAAGAUGUUUUGUCUACCUCAUCUUCUGACAAUAUCUGGAAAGUACGAUUUAUCAAGCAGUGGAUAAGGCAUUACGGUCACUGGAUUCUGUUGCACCAAUCUUUUAUACCGACGCCCAUCUCCAUUCAACGCUGUACAGCAGCAGCUUUUGCUUUGGUAGAAUUGUUUACUCACUGGAGCCAAUUCGAAGAUUGCUAUUUUAGACCAUGUGUUCACGAAUUGAAGCAAGCGUGUGAAAUAUUGCUUUGGCAUGUUGUCUCCAAUAGUGACAGUGCUGCUACGACCACGAUCGAUAGCAAACGUAUACCCAUCGUAGUCAAUACUGAAGCAGCCUUACAAGGCCUAGUGAAGCUUAUUCAUGUCUUGUUGAAAACUCCUGUGGGUGAAAUAGCUAAAACACGGCCUUUUGUACAACGUGUUUUGAAAGCACUCCAAGCUUAUAAUAACAAUAAAAAGUCAUGA